GUCAUUUUAUAUGAAUUUCGAAUUUCGUUUGCGAAGCUUUUGUAAAAAUUUUGAAAAUUAUCAGUAUAAAGUUAAUGUAUUUAAAAUGCCCGUCGCUGUUCGCUUGGUGGAAGCCUUGGCCUUAGUCACACUGAUGGCCCUCAUAACUUGCGUUUCUCUUGGAGUUGUCAUCGCACAGCGAACGUUAAGUCUUACUAUAACAUUUAUUGAGCCGGCUGCAAACAUACUCGAUGUGGUUCUGAUCAUGAUAGAGAAAAUGCUUGUGGGCGCCCUCGUAUGCACUGUUACUCUAAUCAACACUGUGAGCAGUGCUUUGCAUAUGAUUGGAAUUGCCUAAAUACGUUUCCUUGUAUCGUUGAAAUUCUUCUGCUCUCUUUUUCGCAUGCAAAUAAAGGCGGUUCGCGAUG